AUGGGCGAUGUAGGCCGCGCCUUUAGGCCCAUUGCUCCUCGGACCAUACCUCCAGGCGGUGGUCCUGGAGAUGAAAGGUCACCCGGAGGUGGUACAGGCAUUCCCCCAGAGGAGGCCAAGAUGAAAAGGGCCUCCACGGCGUGUAAAGAGUGCCAAAAACGUCGGACAAGGUGCACCGGCAUGCCGUGUACGGAAUGCGUUACUCAUGGCCGUGAAUGCGUGACAGAUGAACUAUCUGACAAGCGCCGGAAAGCCUCCGCGAGAAGGACACAGGAGGAGCUGAAUGAUACUAGGUCAAUCCUCGAAUCGCUCCUUAGGCUCAUACGCAUCGGCGAUGCCGCUUCCUUACAGAGUAUGGUUCAGACAGUCCGUGGUGGUGCCGACCUAGACGAAAUCCGCAACUUUCUCGACCAAGUCCUCCCCGCCCAAUCCUCAACACAACACAACAUCUUGAAUCCGCAACAUCCACAACACGGCAUAGAUCCAAGCAUGAUGGAUCCCAACAUGAGGGACUUCUUUGGUCCUAAUUCACAAUAA